CCGCCGUCCUUUCUGUGUAUAUAUACGUGUGCUAAAACGAUUACACGUACACGAGCUCUAACUGAUAUUUCGACAUGGCGACCAAAGGCCUAGGACUGGUCAUCCUUUUCUGCUUGCUGUCUUGUGCGGCGGCCCAGCGGUGGCGCAGUGACGGGCGCUGUGGGCCGAACUACCCGGCCCCGGACGCGAACCCGGGAGAGUGUAACCCUAACUCCGUGGACCACUGCUGCUCGGAGUGGGGCUGGUGUGGCCGGGAGACAUCCCACUGUACCUGCUCCAGAUGUGUGGACUACUCCGUGGGUGGAGGCUCUUCAGGAGGUUCUAUCGCCGUGAGCAGCUCGGGAACCUGUCCCCGGAUCGUCACCAAGUCGGAGUGGGGCUCCCGGUCUACCAACUAUAACGUCUUCCUCAACCUGCCCGUCCCCAAGGUAGUGAUCCACCACUCCGCGGGCGCCACGUGCAGCACCCAAUCCAGCUGUUCUCAGCAGGUCAGGAACAUCCAGAAUUACCACAUGGACGGCAGAGGCUACAGUGACAUCGGCUACAACUUCCUGGUCGGUAACGAUGGCAACAUAUACGAGGGGCGUGGCUGGGACAGGAGAGGUGCGCAUGCGGUCAACGUGAACUCCGAGUCCAUCGGAAUCUGCUUCAUGGGAGACUUCACCGGGCAGAAGCCGACCGCUUCCGCCAUCGCCGCCGCCAAGAGCCUCAUCACGUGCGGGGUGUCUCUGGGAAAGAUCAGGGGUGCGUACUCUCUGUACGGACAUCGUGACGUAGGCUCCACGGCCUGCCCUGGGAACCUGCUCUAUGAUGACGUCAAGAGCUGGGGACGAUACGUUGGCUGAAGACAGUCCUUCGACAGGGAAGAGCAAUAGGAAUUGUGGAACAGAGCAUUAUACAAAUGUGUUCCAAAUAAAUGAUUCCUAGGUAUUGAAACAGAAUUGAAAA